AUGAGACGCAAUCUGGUGUGUCAGACACCUCCCACCGUCACUGUUCAUGUAAAAUCAAGUACAUCCAGAUCACAUCAGAAAAAAAACCUUAUUAGACUAAGGAGGCCUACUUUUAAAGACCAUGAAGAAAAUUGUGAAAAAAAGGUUCCUAGUCAUAAAUAUAAAUGUCCAAAGGGACCAUGUCUAGUUAUUCAGCGUCAGGAAAUGACAGCUUUCUUUAAAUUAUUUGAUGAUGACCUAAUCCAAGACUUCCUUUGGAUGGAUUGUUGCUGUAAGAUUGCAGACAAGUAUCUCCUGGCAAUGACUUUUGUUUAUUUCAAGAGGGCUAACUUCACAAUAAGUGAGCAUACCAGAAUCAAUUUCUUUGUCGCUCUGUAUCUGGCAAAUACAGUUGAAGAAGAUGAUGAAGAACCGAAGUAUGACAUUUUUCCAUGGGCUUUGGGAAAAGCCUGGAGAAAACUGUUCCCUGAAUUCUUAAAGUUAAAAGAUCAGCUAUGGAGUAGAAUGGACUACAGGGCUAUUGUAAGCAGACGCUGCUGUGAAGAGGUGAUGGCGAUUGCUCCAACACAUUAUAUAUGGCAGCGAGAACGUUCUAUUCACCACAGCAGAGUUGUGAGAAACUACAACAAUGAUGAAGUACAGCUGCCCCGAGGACCUAGUGCUACUCCUAUAGACUGCCUGCUUUGUGGUAAGAAAGGAAGAUUUGCACGAUUAGGAUUAUCAUCAUCUUCCUCCUCAUCUACUGGCACUCUGGAGAUGAUGGAAUUAGACUCAUCCCAGAAUUCGAAGGCCACCUUUCCAACUGAAAAAAUGCUUGUUGACUCUCCUUUUUGUUAUGGCCAAGACUGUCAGAGCCUGUCCAGAAAAAGAAGAAGAGAUAACACCUUAAACAAAGACAAAUCCAUGGAUUAG